UGCAUACAACUUUUCUUCUCCUUUAGCUAUUUCCUUCAUACUACACCUUUCAAAAAAGUUGGUUCUUGAAAAAAAAAAAAAUGAUGGCAAGGGCAGUAAUAACUGGCUUCCUUGUGUUAAUCUACUGCAUCAAUAUUUCUGCUACAGAAAGGAACAUAUCAACUGACAAAUCAGCUCUGUUAGCCUUCAAAGCACAAAUAACCAACGAUCCUAAUGAAAUUCUGUCCAAAAACUGGACACAAGGCACUACAGUUUGCAGUUGGAUUGGUGUUUCUUGUAGCACAAGGCAUCAAAGAGUUGUUGCACUAAACCUCAAGAGCCUAAGACUAGGAGGGUCUAUUCCUAAAGAAAUAGGAAAUCUCUCCUUCCUUAGUUUCUUAGAAAUUGGCAACAACACUUUUAUUGAUGAAAUCCCCAAUGAAGUUGGGUUUCUAAAGAAGCUCAAGUACUUGUCUUUGCAAAUGAAUAAUCUCACUGGUCAAAUCCCACAAAGCCUUGGAUUUCUCUCAAGGCUUGAACUGCUUGAUCUUUCUGAAAAUGAUCUAUUUGGAAAUGUUCCACUCUCCAUCUUCAAUGUCUCUUCUUUAAAGAUCAUUGAUUUGGGUUUCAAUGAUCUAACUGGGACUUUGCCAAAUGACAUAUGCAGUAAUCUCCCACUGUUGCAAAGUUUAUUUAUGACACAUAAUCACUUAGUGGGUGAACUUCCAAGUGGUUUGGAUAAAUGCACUCAACUAACAUAUCUGUCUUUGUCUUAUAACAGACUCACAGGAAAUUUACCAAGAGACAUGUGGAACAUGUCAAAGCUUGAAGAUAUGUUUCUUGGAUGGAAUAACUUGUCAGGAAUCAUACCAAGCGAAAUUCAGUAUCUUCCAACGAUUCAAAGACUAAGUCUUCGACGGAACAGUUUGGUGGGAACUCUUCCACCUUCUAUGGGGAAUUUAUCGACUGUGGCAGUAAUAGAUAUUGGUGAAAAUAGUCUUCAUGGAAAUAUUCCUACACAACUUGGAAAUCUUGGUAAUCUGAAAGAAAUAUAUCUAGGCUCAAACAAGAUAUCAGGUCAAAUUCCUAGCUCUUUCUACAACAUUUCUGGUUUAGAAAUAAUUGCACUUGCAGCUAAUCAAUUGUCUGGAACUCUACCUCCUAAUAUUGGCCAUUGCUUUCCAAAUCUUAAUGGACUUUUUCUUGGGGUGAACCAGUUUAGUGGGAGAAUUCCUGCCUCUAUUUCCAAUGUCUCGAAGCUCAUUUACCUUGAUCUUGGACGCAAUUUGCUUACUGGGGAUGUACCGAUGAAUCUUGGAAACUUACAGCAGCUUAAAGUGAUUAACUUGCAAUUGAAUCAAUUGACAAAUGAUCCCUCUACGGGGGAAUUAAGUUUCCUUACUCCUCUCUCAAAUUGCAAGAACUUGGAGGGAAUACAAAUAGGAAUUAAUGCAUUUAGUGGAAAAUUUCCAAAGUCCUUAGCCUUUGGUAAUUGGUCUGAUUCUCUUGAAAGGUUCAAUGCUUUUCGAUGUGGCAUCACUGGUGAAAUCCCUCUUGAAAUCAGUAAGUUGAGUAAGUUGACGUGGUUAAGCAUUGGAAAGAAUGAAUUGAUAGGUUCAAUUCCUCAGGAAUUUGGGAACAUGAGGAAAUUGCAGAAGCUGGUAUUUUCGGAAAACAAAAUAAACGGUACCAUACCAGAAAGCUUAUGCAAUAUGGAGGUCUUAUUUCUACUUGACUUGAGUGAAAAUCACCUUUCUGGGGAAAUACCAAUUUGUUUGGGGAAUCUUUCUUCUUUAAGAGAAGUUUAUUUACAUUCAAAUGCAUUGAGUUCCAAUAUUCCACCAACUUUUUGGAGUACUAACAGGGCAAUAUCAGUUCUGAGUUUGUCCUCCAAUUUUCUCAAUGGUUCUUUGCCAUUCGAAAUAGGAAGUUUGAGGAGUCUUAGUGAUUUAGAUUUAUCAAGAAAUCAAUUCAUAGGACAAAUUCCAAGCACAAUUGGACAGCUACAAAAUUUGGUGAAUCUUUCACUGUCAAUGAAUAAUUUUGAAGGUCACAUACCUGAAUCAUUCGGAGACUUGGUUUCUCUUGCAUACUUGGAUCUAUCCGGAAAUAACCUUUCUGGCAUGAUCCCUGAAUCUUUGGUGAAUCUUCAACGGCUCAGCUAUCUUAAUGUGUCUUUCAAUAUACUCACUGGUGAGAUUCCAAAUGUAGGACCUUUUAAAAGCUUGACAGCUGAAUCUUUCAUGGGUAACGCCGCAUUGUGUGGACCAUCUCAAUUCAAUGUGGUGAAAUGCAGAAUCAAUAGCCCGAAAAGUAGAAAGAAGAGAAGGGCUUUAACUUUUGUUCUUGCAUCAAUUGCAGUAGCAUUAGUAGUCGCAACCAUUUUCAUGGUUUGGUUUCUGAAAUAUCGAAAAAGAAAUAGACAACUUGCUAUACCAGAUUUGAUUGGUCAAUCCCAUAAGAGGAUCUCUUACUAUGAAGUUGUUCGAGGGACAAACAACUUUGAUGAAGCCAACUUGAUUGGCAGGGGAGGCCUUGGUUUAGUAUACAGAGGAACACUCCUAGAUGGAAAUAUGGUCGCUGUAAAGGUUUUCAAUACAGAAGUAGAAGAUGCAUUCAAAAGGUUUGAUUUGGAGUGUGAGGUUUUGCGUAACAUUCGCCAUAGAAAUCUUGUUAAGGUGAUAAGUAGUUGUGCUAACCUUGAUUUUAAAGCGUUGGUGCUUGAGUACAUGCCAAAUGGAAACCUCGAUACAUGGCUUUACUCUCACAACAAUUUUUUGGAUUUGAUCCAAAGAUUGAAGAUCAUGAUUGAUGUGGCUUUUGCAAUGGAAUAUUUGCAUGAAGGUCAUUCUUUUGUUGUCGUCCAUUGUGAUCUAAAACCAAGUAACAUACUUUUGGACGGAGACAUGGUUGCAAGAGUCAGUGACUUUGGUAUAUCCAAACUUAUGACACCAGAUAAAAUGAUAGCACAAACCAAGACGUUAGGCACUAUUGGCUACAUGGCACCAGAAUAUGGAUCGAAAGGCUUAGUGUCAACUAUGGGAGAUGUUUACAGCUAUGGUAUCUUGUUAAUGGAGACCUUUACAAGAAAGAAGCCCACGGACGAUCUCUUCGUUGAAGAACUCAGCUUGAAGAGAUGGGUGUUUGAAGCAUUCCCUGAUAGAGUGGUAGAUGUUGUGGAUGCUAAUCUAUUUUCAAGAGAAGAUGAGCAGUUUUCUUCCAAAGAGACUUGCUUUAAGUUGCUAAUGGAAUUAGCCUUACAUUGCACAGCUGAAUUGCCUCAAGAUCGAAUCAGCAUGAAACAUGUCCUUGUAAGACUCAACAAGAUACUAACUCAGUUUUUGCAAAGUGCAACAGCAACCCAAAAUGGAAAUUAGUACAGUCAAACCUCUUUGUAACAGCCUCAUUUGUUUCGAAUUUUUUUUGCUGUUAUAUAGAACAUAUAUUCUAACGUAGCAUGGAAAUUGGUUCCAUAAAAAGCUUGGCUUUUAUAGUGAAUGACUGUUAUAUAACGAUGUUGUUAUAGAGAGGUCUGACUGUAUAAUUAUAUAUAAUACGUAUCUCGA